AUGGGAAAAGACUAUUACAAAAUCCUAGGAAUUUCCAAGGACGCAUCUGAUCAAGACAUCAAGCGUGCUUAUAGGAAACUUGCCAUUAAAUACCAUCCUGACAAACAAGCUAAUUCUACUCCUGAGGGUAAAAAAAAGGCUGAGGAAAUGUUUAAAGAAUUAGGCGAGGCAUAUGAAGUGUUAAGUGAUAAAGAAAAAAGAAAUAUAUAUGACCAAUACGGGUCUGAAGGAUUACAAGCUGGGCUUGGAGGUUCUACAUCAGAUCAAGGAGGAAUGGGCGGAGGAAUAUUUAUCGAUCCAAAUGAAAUUUUCGCAAGAUUUUUUGCCUCAGAUAGGGCAGGUAGCUUUGGCGAUGAAGAAGGGAGUUCAUUUUUCUUUAGUGGCCCAAGUGGAAUGUUUAGACAAGUACACAUGUCCUCUACACAUAAUGGUCGUUCUUCAACCAGACAAGCUGCCCCCAGAGCACAUGAAGUCCCAUUAUUAGUUACUUUGGAAGAGUUAUAUUUAGGGAAACGUAAGAAAAUUAAAGUUACUAGAAAGAGGUUUAUAGACCACAAAGUUAGAAAUGAAGAAAAUAUCGUCGAGGUAGAAAUAAAACCCGGGUGGAAAGAUGGUACGAAGUUGACAUACUCUGGUGAAGGUGAUCAGGAGUCUCCUGGAACUUCACCAGGAGAUUUGGUACUUAUAAUUCAAACAAAGACUCACUCCAGAUUUACGAGAGAUGACUGCCAUCUUAUUAUGAAAGUUACUGUUCCUUUAGUUAGAGCAUUAACAGGUUUUACAUGUCCUGUGACAACUCUUGACAAUCGUAAUUUACAAAUUCCCAUUAAAGAAAUAGUGAAUCCAAAAACGAGAAAAAUUAUUCCAAAUGAAGGAAUGCCGAUAAAGAAUCAGCCAGGUCAAAAAGGAGAUUUGAUACUCGAAUUUGAUAUUUGUUUUCCAAAGUCUUUGUCGCCAGAGCAGAAGAAGCUCAUCAAGGAUAUAUUAGAAUAA